CUGUUUAGCAUAUCCACACGCGUGGCAAAAUUUCGAGAAGGCUCAAAGAUUUAAAGAAGGCUCAUCUAAAUAAAGGAGGGUUAAAGUGACAUUGCAGCAAAUUAAUCCUGUGCUAUCCUUCCAUGUGACUGGAGUGAUACUGAGGCACAGCCUUUCUUUUGCUGAUGCACAGAUUAUGCUUCACCCAGCAUCCUACAGCAUCGCUUGUUUGCAUCAGGCCAGCAAUGGAAACAAAAGAAUGCAGCAGCAAGCACUUUUACUGCAGGGCUGCAAGGUCGGGCAUUUUCGAACCUCAGUGAAAACUUUGCCUAAUGAAUGAAUCAAAAGAAAAUCCAACUUUCAGGCUGGGACCUGAACCAAGAUCCAUGGGCUGCUUCGCUCCCACGGAAGGUCAGCAGUCCGCACUGAUCUGAAAGCCUUUGGACUUCUUCAAAGCCGCUGACCUGCUGGUGUGACCUGUACCUAUCAAAGUCAUGUCCAGGGCAGCAAACUAAAGCCUGAAAUUUCAAGGGUCAGCUGUACGGCAUUUGUUUGUGCUCCAGAGAAGAGGAACAGCUCAUUUUUGUACAUGCACAGUUUUCCACUUUGAUUGUGAAGGCUUUUUUUACCCUUAAAGAUUUUGCUAACUGGAGUUGGACAUAACUGACUUUUUAAUUGUAUUUCUGAUUUUUGGACAGAGCAGAAAUGCAAAUAAAUGCAGGUUUGGUUCCUAAAUCAUCCCUAAACUGAUCCUGUGACCUUCAAUAUUUUCUUUUUUUUUUUUUUUGUUCAGAUUAUCAAAGCAUUAUGCCCAACAUUGUAUUUCUAUACAGAAGUAUUUUACCUAAGCCUUCUAUUGGAGCAUCCUGUUGAACCAAAUGGGAAGUUGAUUAUUCUGUGGACUAUGACAACAGGAUAUAUGAAUGGAGGUGGUCUGGGAAAACAGCGUUAUGCCAGGUGGAACCGGGAGGACAGCAUGGAGGACUUGGCACGGACUGAGAGCUAUGGGGAAGACGAAGAGGGCAAACAGCACAGACUGACCCCAUUCGAGAAACUAACCCAGGAUAUGACCCAGAAUGAAAAAGUGGUGAAAGAGUUAACUCUGGGGAAGAGGAUUGGCUUCUACCGAGUCCGAGGGGAAAUAGGAAGCGGGAAUUUCUCACAAGUGAAGCUUGGAAUUCACUCUUUAACCAAAGAAAAAGUAGCUAUUAAGAUCCUGGACAAGACAAAAUUAGACCAGAAAACUCAGCGCUUGCUGUCCCGGGAGAUUUCCAGCAUGGAGAAGCUGCAUCACCCGAACAUCAUCAGACUGUACGAAGUAGUGGAGACACUGUCCAAGCUGCAUCUGGUAAUGGAGUAUGCAGCAGGAGGGGAACUCUUCAGUAAGAUCAGCACAGAGGGAAAGUUACCAGAGAUGGAAAGUAAACUAAUCUUCUCUCAGGUUGUAUCUGCUGUGAAACACAUGCAUGAGAACAAUAUCAUUCACCGGGAUUUGAAAGCAGAAAACGUAUUCUAUACCAGUAAUACUUGCGUGAAAGUGGGAGACUUUGGCUUCAGCACAAUAAGUAAGAGAGAAGAAACACUCAACACUUUCUGCGGCUCUCCUCCUUAUGCUGCUCCAGAACUCUUCCGAGAUGAAAACUACGUUGGUGUUUAUGUAGACAUCUGGGCACUAGGCAUCCUCCUGUAUUUUAUGGUGACUGGUACCAUGCCAUUUCGAGCAGACACAGUGGCCAGACUGAAGAAGUGCAUUCUUGAUGGAACGUACAGUUUGCCCCCAUCCCUUUCAGAACCUUGCCAGAAACUAAUUCGAGGAGUCCUUCAGCCAGUGCCGACUGAACGAUAUUCAAUUCAACUUAUUAUGAGCAGUGAAUGGAUGCAAGGGACAUGGUAUCCACAACCACUGGAACCAUUUAAGCUGGAUCCAAAGUAUUUAUCAGAGACCAAUACACUCAAAGAGGAGGAAACUGAAGUGAAAAGUAUUUUAGAGGAGUUGGGAAUCACACAAGAACAUAUUCACAAUAACCGGGGAAGGGAUGCUCGCAGCUCAAUAACUGGUAUCUACAGAAUAGUUCUGCACAGAGUACAAAAGAAAAGGGCAUUGGAGUGUGUUCCACUUGUCACACAACCAGACCCCAAGGAGCAGGACUUAAAAAGGGGGUCAUACCAUGGCUUCAGACACACAUCCAAGCUGUGUUCUAUUUUAUAGAGUGCGU